GUGACAAGACGCGCGUGGCUGCCUUCUCGGGCGCGCAGCUGCCACGCCAAAUGACCAGACGCACACGACUGGUACGCGCGCAGUGUAGCGACGCUGCAACGAUUUCGGGAGCGCGAACGGCAUUCGGGAGAAGCCGGUAGAGACACUGAGUUCCAGUGAAGUAGAGCUUCGCGGGCGGAGAGGAAGCAAGAUGGCCGCACUUACGGUGACGGUGCGCGACUUCCCCGACCUCAAGGACCGCACGCGCGUCCUCCUCGAACAGCGGCCUCCCGAGGGGUCGCUGUGUCUGCGCUGCGGCGACCUCGCGGGACUGGCUUGGCGCGCCGUGUGCGGGCACUGCUUCUGUAACGACUGCAAGGACGCCCUUUCGCGGGCGCACGUGCUCACUUGCCCCGUGCACUUCGUGAAGACGCCCAAGGCCAUGCUCAAGCGGACGGACCAAGGUCUUCAGGAGACCAAGGAAUUUCCAGCAGGCUGUGCGUGGAACGGCUGCACCGAGUGGGGAAGCCUGCAGUCCAUCCUGAAACAUUGUGAAAAUUGCCCCAAGAAGCCUAAGAUGCGGCGGAACUACUCUUGGCAAUGCUUUGAAGAGGAGCUGGAGGAUAACCUACACUGUGGGCUUGUGAAGAUCAUCAAGCCACCCUCUCCGCCGUCGCCUAAGGUCGAGGUGCCACAUCCCCUGGAAUUACCUGUGGUCGAUCAGUGCCCCGCCUUAUAGCCUCCAAGUCAAAUUUCACUUAUUCCGUCCACCAUUACGUGCUCACUGCUUGUCUUUGUGCUUUGCAUACACCAGUUCCUAAGCUUCUUUUUGAACGAAGUGCUACAGCAGCAUUCGAUAUAUUGCGAAAGAGUGAUAUCUACUACGGGAUCGGUUACGUGCUUUUAUGCUCCGCGUUCUCCAUAUUCGCUUCUGUUUCCGCUCUGGUUUUGAACUCCCUCAAUGCUAACUUCACCUGACGCCGCAAAUUUUCGCGAGAGUACGCACAAACCACAACCGCUUGGUGAUGGACAGUAUGAUUGCACAGACAUUUCUGCAGUUCCAGCAUAAGGCAAAUUUGGAAACUUUGACUCGAGUUUACUUUAUUACCCGUAUGUCAUUGGCAAGUCCUUCCGAAUGAAAUAAAUAUUAGUCGCUAAACAUCUAAGAUUCCGUCACAUGCACUCGUUUGCAUGAUUGCGAAUGAAAACCUACGUAACUAAUGUUCCGGAGUGCCUAUUAUCACGGUGUCAUGACAAAUUUACCAAAACCAGCACUUCCUGUGAUCACUAUCGUCAUCGCCAUAAUUUUUCGGCGCCAUCAUCAUAAGGCCAACGUUUCGUUCAGCACUGUGGCAAACUUGUUUUGCUGCUGCCAUUCGCUGUGGCUGGCAUAUAUAUUUUCAUUGAUAAUUAUUCAGCGUGCGACAAUAAAAUUCAAUUUCUUACAGCACAAGAAACCACUGUUUGUCCUACAGAACAAACAACAUUGUUUGAAUGUGCCUUGCCCAUAAAGACGUGCAAACUACUUGCUUCUUCGAAGCGUUUGACUUUAUGUACUUUGCGCCGAAAUAAUAUACAGAGAUUUCGAUUUGAAUUUCGCCCUGAAAUGCGAACACACACUUCUACGUGCUGGGGCUCACGCCGAUUUCUUUCUCUGACGAUAGACGUCGGCUGGAGUAAUAAAAAAUUCUAUUUCAGUU